UCCUGAGAUUUAUAAGGACGUGUUAGGUCAAUUUUGUGAGAGAUCUGUGGAGGUUCUUUUCCUUUUUUUUCUUUGUAAGUGGUAGAGAACGAGAGACAUGGAGAAUGGCGAUGGAAGAGAUGGUGCUAUCAUGUUCAGCGACGAUGAGUUGAGUGAGAUAAGUGGCUUGAAGAGAGGAGGAGAUUAUAUCGAGGUGACUUGUGGGUGCACGAGCCAUAGGUAUGGAGAUGCCGUAGGGAGGCUUAGGGUUUUUGCAAGAGGCGAUCUAGAGAUCAACUGUGAAUGCACUCCUGGCUGUCAGGAAGAUAAAUUGACCCCAGCAGCUUUUGAGAAACAUUCUGAACGAGAGACUGCCAGAAAAUGGAAGAGUAAUGUUUGGGUCAUUUUCAAAGGGGAAAAGGUUCCUCUGUCAAAGACAGUGCUGCUUAAGUACUACAACCAAGCAUCCAAUGCAAAGAGUUCUAACAAGUCCCAUAAUGGACGACCUUGUCAUCGGGAUGAGUUUCUUCGCUGCACAAGGUGUAACAAGGAACGCAGGUUCCGUCUCAGGACCAAAGAGGAGUGCCGGAUUCACCAUGAUUCUUUGGCUGAUCUUAACUGGAAAUGUGCUGACCUGCCAUAUGACAAAAUAACCUGUGAUAAUGAGGAAGAGCGUGCAAGUCGUAAAGUGUACAGGGGUUGCUCACGUUCUCCUACUUGCAGGGGAUGCACCUCUUGUGUUUGUUUUGGAUGUGACAUCUGCCGAUUCUCAGAUUGCAACUGUCAGACCUGCAUCGAUUUCACUCGCAAUGCUGAAACUUAGUCUACUAACCGUCUGUUAGACCAGAAAUUUCUUUUUUAUUGGAGGGUAAUUCAACAUUUUUUUGGGGUCCUCAUUAGCCCCCCACCUUCAUUACAGAGAAAAUUAGCCUUUCUUUUCUGUGGCUACUAUAAGUCAGAGGGUUCAGUUUUUGUUAUUCUUGACUGGUUUGAACUUGC